AUGCCAUCGACGAUACUGUCCCAUCUCAACUUGUUGAGAAAGGAGGAUGAUAAGGAAAUAGACGCUGCGAGUGCCAGCGAUGUUGAGGCGGCAGAGCACUUUGUUGCUGAAUUAGAUAAAGGUGAAAAGAGGUUGGGUAUUAUAUCAAGCAUUGGUCUGAUAUGUAAUAGAAUGAUGGGUACCGCUAUAUUUGUUGUGACUUCGGACAUCUAUAAAUUGGUAGGGUCUGUUGGUUUGACCUUGAUACUUUGGGUAGUUGGUGCUGCGAUAGCGUUGACUGGGCUUUAUGUCUAUAUGGAGUUUGGUACCGCCAUACCUCGUAAUGGAGGAGAGAAGAAUUAUUUGGAACACAUUUUUAAGAAACCAAAAUUCUUAGUGACAUCGCUGUACGCUUCUUAUGCAUUCUUCCUCGGUUGGGCAGCCGGGAAUUCAUUGAUUGUUGCUCGGAUGUUUCUAAUAGCAGGUAAUGUUGAACUUACGACGUGGAAUGAACGUGGUGCUGCAGUUGGAGUGAUGUUUUUCUUUUUUCUUAUUAACUCUAUUAAUGUGAAGGUUGGAUUGUAUUUUCAGAACAUUCUCGGCGCAUUUAAGGUGCUGACUAUUAUAUUCAUUCCAAUUGUCGGUAUAGUUGCUCUUUGUGGUGGUAUAAAAAAUGCAGCAGGUACAAGUAACUUUCACAAUGCCUUCGAAGGUUCUGGAGAUGCCACUACAUAUGGAAUAGUUAACGCUCUGUACAAUAUCAUUUGGGCUUUUGUUGGUUACUCUAACGUCAAUUAUGCUUUGGGAGAGGUAAGAAAUCCUGUUAGGACUCUAAAACGGGCUGGUCCAAUAUCCUUAAUAUUAUUGAGUAUACUUUAUCUUCUUGUUAAUAUUGCUUAUUUUGCUGUUGUUCCUAAAGAAGAAGUGCAUAGUUCCGGAGUUCAGAUUUCAAUAAAUUUCUUCAGAAUUGCGUUUGGGGAGGGGGCAAAGAGGGCAGGUGCUGUUUUUAUUGCUUUAAGCGCUCUAGGUAAUGUUUGCUCUGUGAGUUUCUCACAAGCAAGAAUCAUCCAGCAGUUAGGUAGAGAAGGUGUUUUGCCAUUUUCUAAUUUCUUUGCAAGUUCGAAACCUUUCAAUUCUCCAUUGGUUGGUUUAUUCCAACAUUUUGUUGUUUGUGUUAUAACGGUUUGUGCUCCACCAGCUGAUGGGUAUGUUUAUUUCUUAAUUUUGAACUUGAUUAGUUAUCCAAUGAAUAUCAUAAACACUGCAGUUAGUGGAGGUUUAUUAUGGAUAUACUGGCAACGUCGUCAAGGUAAAAUAGAAUGGGAUCCACCGAUUAGGGCAGGUGUCUAUGUAACUACAGCUUUCCUCCUGGCGAACAUAUAUUUGGUAUUCGCUCCCUAUAUUCCUCCGCCUGCUGAUAUGCGUCUCGAUCAAACUUUGCCUUACUGGACUCACUGCGUUUUAGCAUGGGCUAUCUUUGGUGUUGGUGCUAUUUACUGGUUUGUUUGGACUCGCAUAUUACCAAAGAUUGGUGGUUACAAAUUGGUAUAUUCAGAGGUACUUGGUGAAGACGGAUUUUGGAGAAACAAGAUUUUAAAGCAGUAUGAUGAUAAACCCCCUGUGGAAGUUGAAAACUCUGCGGAAGCUUCAGCUUAUUCGAGAAAGACAAUGGAGUUAUCGCCUGAGAACUCUUUAAAUAACUUGGCAACGAAGCAACGUAAUUAA